AUGGACAGUUUGAAGCAGGAGAAGGAGAAGGCCAUGGCGAGCUUCAACAGGUUCCGGAGAUUCGCCGAUCUGUGGCAGUUUUUCGAGGUCCUCCUCGUUUUAGGGCUGAUUUCGUGGUCCUCCGGCCGUGCGCCGGGGGUUGCCAGGGCGGCCGGCGGUUGCCUCGCGGACUUCUCCAACUAUCUCCUCAACCACCACAUCGUUUUCCUGAUCGGAAACGCCAUCAUCGUCCUUCUGGUUGCGCUCUGCCGCAACACCGACGCUAGCGUCGCCGCAUCUGGCGGCGGCAGUUUUUAUGAUGAUUACGUCCGGUACAACGAGGCAGCGGCCGCGGUUCAACACGAUCCGCCUCCGCCUCGGGUUGUGGAGUCCGUCGGCGGCGGCGGCGGAGAGAAGCAACUGGUGGCGGAGAAUCCGCCGUUCGACGACGUGGCGGAGGCGAUCGAGAAGGCGGCGAGGCAGAUAGAGAGAUUCCAGAGGACGCAGUCUGAGAAGCUGCGGCGUGAGAUCUCGGCGCUAACGCCGCGGGAGCUCCGGAGAUCUGAGACAGAGAGCCGCCGGAAAGAGGAUUUGGAGUACAGGGCGCCGGAGAUAGAGAGUCUGAGCAACGAGGAGUUCCAGCGUAUAGUGGACGCCUUCAUCGAUAAGAAUUGGGGCGGGAAAAAAUCUGAACAUGAAAAUUAUCCAUUUUUGAAAAUGGCGUGA